AUGUUGGCCGGACCUGUCGACACAGUCCACUUCAUGGAAGCAGGAGAAGCUCGAGACGAGCUCCAGCAAUCCAAUCAUGGAUUGCACAGUAUCAUCGGGUAUAACACCAUUGUAGGAGCCGGCACCGGCGGUGCUAUUUGUGUCGUGGGCCCGUUCCUCAACCACUCGUGCAAUCCUAAUGCGUACCUCUACUGGAACGAGCUCCUUGAAGUAAUGACCCUACACGCCCUCACGCCUAUUGCUUGCAGAGAAGGGAUUACGAUCGAUUAUCUGGACGAUCAAUCGACUUACCCUACCGCGGACCAGCGAAACGCGACCUUAAAAGAAAACUAG